AAAAAGGGUAAUGAUGACUGUCUCAGCAUCUUGAUCGUCUCCAAUCGGACAAGAAAACCAUUCCUGGGGUGCCUGUGAUAGUGCCUGAGAGACUGGUGGAGGCUGAUGGGGUUUUGUUUGGGUUUCCUACCCGGUAUGGGUCAAUGGCUGCUCAGAUGAAGGCGUUUUUCGACUCCACGGGGGAGCUUUGGAGGGAGCAGAAGCUUGCAGGGGUGCCUGCUGGGUUCUUUGUGAGUACUGGCACACAGGGUGGUGGACAGGAGACUAAUGCUUGGACAGCCAUUACUCAGUUAGCACACCAUGGAAUGAUAUAUGUUCCAAUUGGCUACACCUUUGGUGCUGGAAUGUUCCAAAUGGACUCCCUUAGAGGAGGGUCUCCAUAUGGUUCUGGGGUUCUUUCUGGAGAUGGCACAAGGGCACCAACUGAGACAGAGCUCGCUCUUGCAGAGCAUCACGGAAAGUACAUGGCUACUAUUGUCAAGAAGCUUGUACAUUGACUGGAGGAGUCUUGACAAAUCUACAUUCUUUUGCACUUCCAUACAAUUUUCUUGGUGUUUCUACUCUGUUUUGUGAUGUUCUUCAGAUGUCAUAUGUUAAUAGAUUUUUCCAGCAAAAUCACAAAAUGUCAAUAGAUUUUAGAUAGUUUAGUCAUUCCAUUUUUUUUUUUCAGAAAUUGUAAACAAGUGUCUCAUGAUCAUCAGUUUUGAACUUUUGACGAUUGCUCAGUCAAACUGUUCAUAUAUGGUCUUUUCUGUCUGAUUGAAACAUUAUUGUCAUCAAUAAAGUUGUGGAUCAUGUUCAUUUCUGCA